GCCGGAGGAGAAGAGCACGACGGAUGCGGAUGUGCCGAUGACACCUCGAGGUCUUGUCAGACCUGCCGACGCCGAAGACUUCGGCGCACCAGGCAAGCGCGCGAAGCACGUGGACGCCAUCUCGCUCGACGACCCUAUCGACUACAGCAUCCUGGACAGGAUGGGCACAGACUGCUACAUGACGGUCAGCGGGCUGGAGCCCGCGGUGGAGCUCAAGGGCAAGCGCGAGGCACUGGAAGUGCUGGCACACUACGGGGUGCACAGGGACGUCCCGAGGAGCGAGAGCGGUGAGUUCAAGAGGAUCAGGGCGCGCUCGGAGCCGGAGAUGCGAGGAGGUAUCUGCAAGUGGCGGUAUGUGGCGCAGGAGUUCAAGUGGAUGGAGCAGCGUGACGACGUGUUCGCAGCGAGCUCAUCGGCGCAGACGAGCAGGCUGGUGGACUUCGUCAGCACCAAAGAGGAGAACCACGGGACCUUCAUCGCGGAUUGCGUGAAGGCGCACUACCAAGCGGACCAGACUGAGAAGGUAUGUGUGGAGUCACCUGCUGAGUAUCUGGCGAUCCUGGCGGAGAUGGGCAGACCGGCCGACAUCGUUUGGGCGCUCAACAAGAUGCUACCUGGGCAGCGCGUGGCAGGCGCUGGCUGGGUGGACAAGGCGGCGAAGACCCUGAAGGGAGAGGGUUUCGACAGGAGUGAGUGUCAGCCGCAGUUUUACUACCACAGAGAGAGGAAGAUCCUGAUCGAGGUGCACAUGGACGACUUCCACGGGGAGGGUCCAAUCAGCAGCCUGGAGGGGAUCAUCAAGCGGCUGCGGGAGGUGUUCGACCUGAAAGCGACGGGUGUCAUCAGGCAGGGGCGCUACUCGCACCUGAAGCGGGACAGGCUUAGGCUCAUGAACGGCAACAUCAUGAUGAGGCCGAACGUGAUGCACAUCGACGACCUGAUCUACGUAAUGGGCAUGGAGAAGGCCAAGCCGACGAGGGUACCAAGCUCGACUGAGGAGGACCCGACAUGGAGUCCUGAAUUGGACGAGAUCGAGAGGGCGAAGUUUCGCACAGGAGUCGGGAUCGCGCUCUACAUCUCGCCCGACAGAGCGGACAUCCAGCGGGACGUGCAGCUGCUGACCAGGAACCUGAGUCAGCCGACGGAGUUUGACGGGAAGCGACUGGUGAAGUUGGAGAGGUACCUGAAAGGGACAAAGACGUUUGGAGUGCUGAUGGAAAAGCCAACUGGGAGCAAGCCUGGAGAGGUGAAGCUGCAGUUGUUCACAGACACGGAUCUCGCGACGUGCAAGGAGACGAGGCGCGCGAUGACCUGUGGGAUCACACAGCUGGACGGAGUGCAUUGUGCAGCGUCCGCAAGGAGGCAAGGAGUUCAGAGCACAUCCUCAGGUGAGGCGGAGUUCUACGGCGCGACCUCAGUGGUGAUGGGCGGCAAGCUUGUGAAGAACAUGCUAGAGUGGUUGGGCUACAAGGUGACCUGGGAGCUCGGGGUCGACAGCAGCGCCGCGAAGGCGAUGAUCAACCGCGAGGGCGUCGGAAAGGGGAAGCACCUGGACGUUCGGGCGCCGUGGAUCCAGCAGGAGCGAAAGGUCCACGGACUGAUCAUCAAGAAGGAGAGUGGAACAAAGAAAGUGGCCGACCUAGGGACCAAGGCGCACACCACGGAGCGGUUCGAGUACCUGCGAGAACUUGCUGGCAUCGUGGACUGCAACGAGAUGGACAAGCAUAAGGAGCUGGAGGCGUGCUCGGAGACAACGAGCGCCUGGGCUAAGCAAGGUUUGUUGGCGACACUGCUCGCGCAAGGAGUGACGGGCGGUGCGACCAAGGCGAGUGAAUGUGCAGUGCGAGAUCUCGACCAGAGUGCAGUUACCCUCUGGGAGGCUACAAAGCUGCGGGACUGGAUCGACGACCACACGACGCUGAUCAUCCUGAUCGUGAUGACGACAACGUUCGUGGCAGGAGCAUUGUUCGGGUGUUUGAUUUGCAAGUGGUGGACGAAGAUGGACGGCACCACGGAGCAAAACCUGGUAAAACAUACGAAUACCCCGAAUCGGAGAAAGGAGCUGAGCAACAAGGUAAAGUUCACGGACAGGCGAGCCACGGGUGAGAACGAGCUUGCGGCCAAUGGCAAGGAGAGCGAGGUGACGUGCCUCGACGAG